AUGUCAGACGUGGCUAAAAAAAAUGUGGAAGAGCCUAUAACGGAAAGUCUGCAUCAAACUUCAUCAGAAGGAUCAGAAGACUUGGAACACCUGGUAAACAACAAUAAUGUGCGUGAGAACUUGAAUCGGUCGCUGACACCGCGUCACAUAAAUAUGAUCUCCAUCGGCGGAGUCAUUGGAACAGGUUUGUAUUUGGGAACGGGAAAAAGUCUGGUCAACGGUGGUCCUGCGUCGCUGCUGAUCAACUACGGGAUCAUGGGAGUCGUGGUGUAUCUGACGAUGUUGGCGCUGGGCGAAAUGUCAACUUUUAUGCCGAUUUCAGGCUCGUUCUGCACUUUUGCCAAAAAAUUCGGAUCUCCGUCGUUCGCCUUCACCCUCAUGGCCAACUACUGGUUCAACGAUGCGGUUUCAGUCGGCAGUGAUAUGACCGCGUUGCAACUGAUUCUGGACUACUGGAAAAGCCCAGAUUCGCAUUUCCCAUACUGGGCUGCAUCGCUCAUUUUCUGGGCGUUUCUGCUGCUGCUCAACGUCGUACACGUCCGUGUGUAUGGUGAAGCCGAAUACUGGCUCGCUUUGCUCAAAGUGAUUGCCAUCAUCAUGUUCUUCAUCAUAUCCAUCGUUGUCAACGCAGGCCAUAACCAGGACCAUUCUUACAUCGGGUUCAAAAACUGGGGCAUCGGAGACGCUCCCUUUGUGAACGGCUUCAAAGGUUUUGCUUCGCUCUUUGUUUCUUCCAGUUACGCUUACGGUGGUACUGAAAGUAUCACGCUCACCGCCGGAGAGACUAAAAAUCCUAUCAGAAACACUCCAAGAACCAUCAAGACCGUUUUCUGGCGUGUAAUUAUAUUCUACGUGUUCACCGCGUUCUUCGUGGGCAUGAACGUUCCCUACAACUACCCUAACCUGAGUGAAAAAUCCAUUAUCACCUCCCCCUUCACCAUCGUUUUCCAAAUGGUGGGCUCUCGUGCUGCUGGGUCUUUCAUGAACGCAGUCAUUUUGACCAGUGUCGUUAGCGCUGGCAACCACGCAUUGUUCGCCGGUAGCAGAGUUCUCUACAAUUUCGGUCUGGAAGGCUAUUUUUUCCCCAAGUUCAUUACAAAAACCAACCGCUACCAGGUGCCAUACGUCUCCGUUCUAAUAACCUGGUUCGUGGGUGGGUUGUGCUUUGCCUCCAGUUUCGUCGGCGCAGGAACGCUGUGGACCUGGCUACAAAAUAUCAUUGGUGUUUCCAACCAGAUUGCCUGGUUGUGCAUAAGCGUUGUUUCCAUCAGAUUCAGACGAGGCCUAGAGAAACAGGGCAGAACCCAUGAACUGAAUUACGUUAACUGGACAUAUCCUGUGGGGCCAUAUUUCCUAGUCAUUUUUGUUUCUUUCAUCAUUUUGAUCCAAGGAUGGUCAGCGUUCGCUCCUUGGAGUACCGCUGAUUUCUUCUCCUAUUACAUCGAUCUCUUUGUCUUCUUGGCUCUAUGGGCGGCGUGGUGGCUCUACAAGCGCGAUUCCUUUGUAAGAAGCGAAGACAUGGACUUCGUCACAGACAAAUACGUCCCUUCCGAAGAAGAAUACAUUCUUAAUGAACAAUUGAACAGCCAAAAGGGCUGGAAGAAGACCAAGACAUUGAUCACCGAUUUUGUCUUUUAG